AUGCCAGGACUUCCGUCUACCGUAGACCUCGACGAGUGUAUAUCGCGCCUCUCCAAGAAGGAGCUGCUGGCCGAGUCCGUGGUCGAAGCAAUAUGCGCCAAGACCAAGGAGCUUCUCAUGAAGGAGAGCAAUGUCGUGCAUAUCAGGGCACCUGUUACCGUCGUCGGUGACAUUCACGGCCAGUUCUUUGACAUGAUGGAGAUAUUCAAGAUUGGCGGGCCGUGUCCAGACACCAACUACUUGUUCCUAGGCGACUAUGUCGAUCGCGGCCUUUUUUCAGUCGAAACUAUAUCGCUGCUCGUAUGCCUCAAACUGCGGUAUCCGCACCGAGUACACCUCAUCCGCGGGAACCACGAGUCUCGCGGCGUUACACAAUCGUACGGCUUCUACACCGAGUGCUUACGCAAGUACGGCAACGCCAAUGUAUGGCACUACUUCACCGACAUGUUCGAUUUUCUUACGCUAUCUGUCGUCAUCAAUGACCAAAUAUUUUGUGUACAUGGCGGCUUGUCACCCUCGAUACACUCGAUCGACCAAAUCAAAAUCAUCGACCGCUUCCGAGAGAUUCCCCACGAGGGCCCAAUGGCAGAUCUAGUCUGGAGCGACCCCGAUCCCGAAAGGGACGAAUUCUCGCUUAGCCCAAGAGGAGCAGGAUAUACCUUUGGAGCUCAGGUGGUCAAGAAGUUUUUAGAGGUCAACGCAAUGUCCCAUAUACUGCGAGCCCAUCAGCUCUGCCAAGAGGGUUUCCAGGUCCUCUAUGAUGACCGGCUCAGCACCGUCUGGAGCGCACCAAACUACUGCUAUCGAUGCGGAAACAUGGCAAGCGUUCUGGAAGUUAGUGACACUGGCGAACGCUUCUUCAAUGUAUUUGAUGCAAGUCCAGACAACGACGUGCAUCGAGCUGAGCAGCAACAACAACAAGGGAAGGAGGUGACGACGGAAUACUUCCUGUGA